GAACAACUGUCAUCGGAGUUGUUCCACCAUUACAAAGGACACAUUCAUCGCUUGGACGCAUGCCGGAAUUUUUUCAAGAGAGAUAUUUUUCCGAAAAAAAUAUAAAAAUGCUAAAAAAUGGCUGA